CGUGGGCGCGAUUCAUCAGCAGGGUAUCACCACGCAGCAGUACUGGAAGUAGGCGCUAUGGUGCUACAAAAUAUGUUCAGCGCUCUGUCAUUUCUGCAUUAUCGUAAAGAUGAUGAUUUCGUCGAUCGCUUAUCUUAUUUUUAUACUUCCUCAUUCCUCAUUAUGAUGGCCGUUCUGGUCAGUUUCAAACAGUUUGGUGGUCGACCUCUCGAAUGUUGGGUGCCUGCACAGUUCACGAGCUCAUGGGAGGCAUAUACGGAAAUGUACUGCUGGGCGCAGAACACCUACUGGGUUCCAAUAGAACAGGAUAUUCCAGUAGAUGUAGCGGAACGUGAAUAUCGCCAGAUAUCAUAUUAUCAGUGGGUGCCAUUUUUCCUCCUUAUCGAAGCUUUCCUCUAUUACAUUCCGUGCUUAGUUUGGCGUCUGAUGAGUGAUAAGUCGGGUAAAGCUUAA